GGUUGCUUGGUUAGAAGCUAGGUAGCCUAAAACAUUCGUCUCUCUCCUUUCCCUCUCUCCCAAUAAUUCUCGGAACCCAAAAAAGCAGUCCACCGUUAAAGACAAAGCGGCCUCCCUAGCUUUCUCACUUUCUCAAUUGCUUCUACGGAUGCCUUCCCCUUCUUUCUAGAUUAUUCUUAGAUUAUUUGGUUACUGCCACAAAUAUUGCUUUUGAGGUGGGAAAAAAUGGUGUCGGCUAAUAGGGAGAUGGUGGUCUUCUGCUUUGAUACUCUUGUGGCUCACUACAACAGCGAAGAAGCUCCUCCUCCUGCUUUCGACGAGGGCCAACACCCAUUGUUUGUGACUUGGAAGAAAGUGAUCAAUGGUGGUGAGCCUCGUUUACGUGGUUGCAUUGGUACCUUGGAAGCUCGCUGCUUAAUUAAUGGUUUCAAGGACUAUGCUCUAACAAGUGCUCUCAGGGACAAACGUUUUCCCCCAAUACAGGCCAAAGAAUUGCCUUAUUUGGAAUGUACAGUUUCAAUACUGACUAAUUAUGAAACCGCACAACAUUACCUUGACUGGGAGGUUGGGAAGCAUGGUAUAAUCAUUGAAUUCACUGAUCCUGACUACAAUACUAGGCGAAGUGCCACUUACCUGCCUGAGGUGGCUGCUCAUGAAGGUUGGACAAAGACAGAAGCAAUUGAUUCACUGAUUCGAAAAGCGGGAUACAAUGGCUCCAUAACUGAAUCACUGCGAAAGCGCAUCCGACUUACCCGCUAUCAGAGUACAUUAUUCACUAUGCACUUCAGUGAUUAUGUUACUUAUGUCAAGACAACCCGAGGCUCUGCUCCUGCUAUCAAUGGGGUAAAAUCAGGCUAUUUCUGAUUGUGUGGUUGUACCUAAAAUUUAGACUACAAAUAGCAUUUGGUCGAUCUGGGGUGGUACCUUGUCCCCAAAAGAAUCGUGUGCUUGGUUGGGGCAAAUUUGUUGUCGUUCCAACCUGCUGCAGCCAUUGUUGCAAGUCGUAAUUUGUCCAAAUAAUUCUUCAAAUUCAUUUGAUUUUGAAGAAUGAACACCAAUAACUCCAUUUGGAUUUCAUUAGGCCGUGCUAAAUCCACAAGAUUUCCAAAAGCUUGUGGUGAAAUGGCUCCUGUUUAUGAACUCAGCUGUCUGUAACAAAGGUAUCUGAUUUCAAAUCUCUGUUUUGCUGUGUUCA